AUGAUAACGGUUGAGGCCGCUGGAAGCUCAUCGACCCGCGCCCCCUCGCUCCCGAAGCACACGUAUGUGGAAACUCGCAUGCUUGGCCAGCUGCCCUCGCAGAUGGCGAGCUCCUCGAUUGCAGCGUGGUGUGACGGUGUCCAGCACCUCAUGGAGGAGUACUUCUCCCGUCUUGGUGAGGUUGUUGUAGCACACCUAGGCCUCCGCGCUCCGAGUAUGCAAGACCAGCGCAGUAGCAGUGGCAGCGGCACGGCAGAGAAACGCGAAAUCAUGAGCAAGCUGCGAAAGGAGCACAAGGAAAAUUUGGAGCUGGAUGUGCAAGCGACAGACAUCGAGGUGACAGAGAUGGUCCUGUUCCAGCAGCUGUGGGCGCAUCAUCAGCUGCAGCAGAAGCGUCAGAGACCAGUGGCGGCGGACGAUGGAACCGAAAAGGAAGACCGCCUGAGCGGCGCAUCACGAGGCGGGGCAUCGACACCGGAUGCAGUAGCAGAAGCAGCUCUCACCACACGUGAUGAGGCAUCUUACAUUCGACCUCCAUCCUCCUCCGCGGCAGCGGCAGCACCCGAGGACGCUGCACCGGGUGCCCCAUGCGAUAUGGAGGGAAACCCGUUCCUGAAGACGCAGCACCACCCGGCGUCCGAGUUGGCUGCUCGCAUUCCUGCGGAUCUGCUGGAGCUCUUCCGCACUGCGCAGGCGCUGCACUCUGCCGCGUCGAGAAGCACCGGGCCACCGCCGCCGGCAACCCCGUCUAAGGAGGCUGCGGCAGCAAUAGAGAACCCCUUCGACACCACCGCAGACCGUCCAUCUCAAGCGCCAGUGGUGCUGAGCGAGGAGGAGAGUGCGCAGGCCGCUGCGAUGGCGCUCUUGUGUUUUCGCUACUUCUACAGCUCGAAUUCGAUGCCGGCAUCACCGGUGGAGGCAGCCGCCCCGCUCCUCUCGGCCACAGAGCCCCCCGAGCAGCCACCGCAGCCCGCCCAUGUACCUGAAAAGCUGCCCGCCGCCACUAUAGUGCCGAAGCAGAAGCGGCAGCGUCACCUAGCCCCUCUUUCGCAUGCCACCCCUACAUCGCCGGCACUGUCCGCACACGCAUCCCACGGCGCAGAUGCGUCGUCGCACAUAUCCCUGAGCAGUCCCGCGGCAUGGCGGAAGCUCAUUACGCCGCCUGGCAGCUUGGACCCUGCUGAGUACCAGCAGCAGCCAUCCUCCACACCGGCUCAUGCAACAGAUCGCCUGAGGGCAGAGUUGGCUUCGCUGUUUCCGCAGCAGGCACAGCAGGUUCAGGGCGACUUCUCCUGUGGCCUUCCCCCACAGCGUGCCCUCCUCACGGGCUCCGACACGACGGUCAACGCAGACGCCGCUGUAGAGAAGUCGCGGCCAGAGAGCAAAGGCCGCAACAACCACGUCGCCUUCCUUAACGCGGACCGGACAGCUGACGGGGCUCGCGGGGCAUGCGGUCGUCGGCCUCCUCUCACCCACCCCACGGUGGGGAACCCCCCUACGGAGGACGCACACAACAGCGGCGCCCCCCGCAGCAAAGGCGGGGUCAAGCUGCCGCUGCUAACUUCGCAUGCACCCCCCGCGUCGGCAGGCGAGCGUCCGCCUUCCGCCGCUGCCUCCUCCUCUCCUCCGAUACCAUCCACCCCAACCACAGCAGCAGCAGCAGCGGGCACGCCGCAUGUGAUGAGUAAUCAAUCCCCGGUACUUCCUGCUCUGGCUCCCGGUGCUACCGCGGCGCCGAGCAUCGUUACGGCCACGACGGCAGCCCCAGGAACAGAAACGGCAGCGUCGGCGCAGAAGCACGGCAGUGGCACAACGAAAGCGAAGAAGAGAGGCGGCAGCGGGCAGCGCCGCCGUGCGCUGCGGCUCCUGCCCAAGUCUGUGGUCCUGCCGCCGAACUACAGUGGCGUUCACGGUGAGCAGCUCACGAUGGCGCAGCUGGAGCAGCUGGUGGCGAGUGUUUCAGAGGAUUGCACGGUGGCGCAGGUGGAUGUGAAGCGCCAGUACGACGCCGCAGAUGCUGCGGCAGCGGAGCUGUACCGUCUGCAACAGGCCGUGGCGCGUGUGCUGCUGGAGAACAUACAGCUGGAGAAGGACAUUUAUACCCUGACGGCCACAUCACACGCAUACGCAGCGGGAGAUGAGGAUGGCGACGCAGACGAGGCUGGCCGGGCCACAGACGCCGCUGCAGGGGUGAGGGGACGGCACUACAGUGACGGGGUCGACCCGAGCGGUGGCCGCUACAGCGACGCUAACAAGAGCCGUGUCCGAACGGGGGCAAUGUCGUGCUUCGCUGCCUCGACCCUCUCCCCAGCAUCCGCAGCCCACCCCUCGGCAGGGAAGCGCAAGCGACAGCUCAUUCUGCCACCUGCCCCGAUGCCGCUCCCACAUUGCCAACGUGCCCUCACCGUCGCCUCGCUCCUUCUGCAUGCCGCCGGGGAGAAGAAGGCAGCGCCGCCGGUUUCAGCGGCAGCGGCAGCAGUGGUACAGCCAUGGCCAUGGCAACAAAGAAGUGCUCCGGUGGAAAAGGCAAAGGUGAGCCCGAAGAGCUCCUGCCAGCACAAGGCACGCGCCGUCGCGUCUGCCAUCGCCACUGCGGCUGAGGGGGUGACGGCGGUGGACGGUCAGCAGGAGCCGCGCACAAUCCUGCAGGAGCUCCGCAGUGCCAUCGCGAGUCGUGAGGCGGAGAAGGCGCAGACACUCGCCGAGGUCGAUGCCCUCUCGAGCCGCGUCACCCGCCACGACACCCUUUUGCACGCCGUGGCGGAGUACUGGCGUCGCAAUGCUGCCGUGAUGAAGCGGCAGCAUUUUGCUGUGCAGUCGCAGCCGAAGCAGUCCACGUCGUCGGAGACCAUAACCCGGCUUGGCGAUGGGUGGGGCUCCGAGAACGCCGUUGGCACCAUCACCCCACCGCACCUGUUCGAUGCCGCAGACGGGACGCAUGGCGUUGUCACUCAAGCGAACAGCAGGAACAGUGGGCAUUCGACCUCAAGCCGCAAGUGUAGCCACAGCACCGUCAUCACCGCCGCCAUGAGCCUGUCAGGGCAGAUGACGAACCUGGGCGGAUCACCGUCGCAGGUGCAGCGAGCCCUCGCGCAGAUGGAGGCCCUCUCACCAACCCCGCUGAGCAGCACCCCCUCCUUCGACCUGCGCAUCACCUCGCCCGUACCAAGCGCACUCUCACCAACGCUGCAGAUGCAGACACUAGCGCGACGGCAGAUCGUUCCCCCGCGCCAACGAGCGCAGAAGAGCGAGUCAGCGCCGAAUAAGCCAGACACCAUUACCGCCACUCUCAGUGCUGCAACUGGUGCUGCAGUCGAGGACGAGCUUGGUGGCAGGCCGCACCAAAAGGUGGUCGCACCGCCUCGGGAGGGCCCCACUGCCGCUGCGGCUGCAGCCGCCCCAUCUUCGACUCGCACGGACACUGACACUACAGCCACGACGUUUAUCAGAUCUCCCGACUCCGUGUUUGACGCGAUGGGUAGGCCACCGAGCGCCUCUGCCGCCCUCACCGUCGGAGCGCCAGCAGUGCUGAAGCAAGAGUGGCGUAAGAACGAGCAUGGGCUUGCUGUGUCGGCAGUAGCGGUGAACCUGUUCAACGACAGCCCUCGACGCUGCCCAGGCGAACUCUUGGCAUCUCCAGUGGGCUUCACCCAAGCCUACGACAGAGCGGCAAAAGAGGAUGACAACGUAUGCGGCAGUGGGAGCUACCCGACCGCCCCUCUGCACCCCAGCCGCAGUACCACGGCAAACAACAGCCACAACUACGCCAUCGGCGGCAUGCGGCGCGGAGAUGAAGACGUUCUAGAUCGUGGAUCGUGGCGCACCAUACCGGCCCUUCAGCUGGAGAACGUGGACGAGAUUGCAGAGUUCAUCUACAGCGUCUUCGAGCGUCCGUAA